UCUUUCAAGAAGUCCUCCUAUAAGAAAACAAAAAUAUUGGGAGACGGAUGCUAGUUAUUGAACUACGAGGGUUCUUAUGUAUCAGUUGAACAUUAGGGAUGUCAUCGUAGUUUUACCUAAUGGUAACCAACGAACCAUCCAACAUCGUAGUUUUAGGUUUGACGGCAACGAAGACGACGCUGCCAUGCGCUCUCUCUCUCUCUAGCCUCAGUCCGACGAACUGUCGCCGGAGGCCAACUGCCGGCCAUCCUUCUCUCUUGCCCAGCAGGAUCAUCCUAGUUUCAGUGUUAGGGCCAAUUAGAAGCCUGUUGUGCCAUAAGAGCUUGAAAGGUCCUGAAUCUUGAUCCACCAGAGCAAUCACCUUUGGUUCGUUUAGGAGAUCAAUACAUGGCGUUGAGGCGUUAUCUCGGAUUUUCUGAUGGCGAGCUGAUGAGGUCAGAUGCGAAACCUUGUACUAGGUUAAUGAGGCAAACUGCUGGGAUUUUCAGCGUUGGAGGAGCAUUUGGGUUUUGGAUUCUCUGUCGUUUGCAUUAUGGUCCUAGAAUCACAAUUCCCAGAAGCCUUAGGUGGGCAGGUUGUGGAGCCGUCUCUGUGAGUUCAACAACGGCUCUGCUGGUCCGCCUCUUCAGUCCCGAGUGUGAACCCCAGAAUAUAGCUGCUUACGACAAUAAGAAAUGAUGUUUGAUUCUCGUUUUCAUUGGAUUUUGAUGUGUGAAAAUGUCCUGUAGUCCCUUCCCUCGAGGAGGAUGUUUUUCCCAUUUCCCAGACGAACCUCCGGAACUAUUUUUUGUGAUCAUUAUCCCAAAUUAGCUUGUGAAUUACAGAAAUAUUUACUCUUCUCCUAUGAGUGUAACCUUUCACGAAUGAUUGUAUCAUGGGUGAUCAUUAUAUCUUUGCUUUGUUUCAUCA